AUGAAGUAUAUAGCUGAAUCUGACUUAGAUGGUCACAGUGCAUUUAAAGCUCCCUGGGCUAUUUCUGGAUAUUUUUUGGCUCGUCUGAAAUCACCAUGGUCCCGGAGGAAAAGGAAAAGGCCACUCAGACUUCAGCAAUGGAAAAGAUUUUUCACUCCCGAUGGUAGACUUCGUAAUGGAGGUGUUGAUUUGUUGAAGAAAGUCCGAAGUAGAGGUAUCGAGCCGAGCAUUCGGCUAGAGGUCUGGCCAUUCCUUCUUGGAGUGUAUGGUUUUAAUAGUUCCAAAGAAGAGAGAGUUACUAUAAGAACCCGGAGAAGAAAGGAGUAUGAGAGACUACGGAGGCAGUGCAAGCGGCUUCAAAAACACAAUAACGGGGCUCUUAAAUUGAACAGGGUCAGUGAUACUAUGCAAGAUGAGUACGAUUGGCCUCAAGUCCAAGACUCUGACAGUUCAUGUUCUGAUGAAGUUGUCAGUGCCCGCGAGUCUCUCUCUAGCGAUGAAGAUAUCACUGAAGAUAUCGGGUACAUGAGUGAAGUUUCAUGUACAGUUGAGAGAGAUGGCAGCAGUUCAAGACGAAUCACCAAUGCUACUAUCUCUACACUCAAUUCUGAGUCAUCAGAUUCAGAUUCUUCAGAUGAGAGUGAAGUGGUACAGGUAUUUCACUCCUCUGGUACUCCGGAUGUGAAUAAUACUUAUCCAGCCAGCUCAUCUGUCCCCCGGACAGAAGAGGAUUUUGUGACAUGGCAGCGUAUUAUCCGUCUAGAUGCCGUACGAGCCAACUCAGAGUGGACCCCGUAUUCUCCAUCCCAGGCGGUUAUAUCCGAGGACCGAGCACAUCGCGCCGCUGAAGCGGUUGGGUUAAAAGAUUACAAUCACUUGGAACCGUACAAAAUCUUUCAAGCUGCACGACUCGUUGCUGUUCUUGAAGCCUAUGCUUUAUAUGACCCUGACACUGGAUAUUGCCAAGGAAUGAGCGAUCUUCUCUCUCCAAUACUCUCUGUAAUCCUUGAUGACCACGAAGCGUUUUGGUGCUUCGUCGGGUUCAUGAAGAAAGCUCGUCACAAUUUCAGACUCGACGAGGUUGGAAUCAGAAGACAACUCAACAUAGUCUCGAAAAUAAUAAAAUCCAAAGACUCACAGCUUUACCGACACCUGGUGAAACUCCAAGCAGAGGACUGUUUCUUUGUAUACAGAAUGGUUGUCGUGAUGUUCAGACGAGAGCUGACCCUCGAUCAGACACUGUGUCUAUGGGAAGUGAUGUGGGCAGAUCAAGCAGCGAUCAGAGCCGGGAUGGGGAAAUCCGCUUGGAGUAGGAUAAGGCAGCGUGCACCUCCCACGGAUGAUUUGGUGCUCUAUGCAAUAGCGGCCUCGGUGUUGCAAAGAAGGAAGCUAAUAAUAGAGAAGUAUAACAGUAUGGAUGAGAUACUAAGAGAGUGCCAUAGUAUGGCAGGGCAACUAAAUGUGUGGAAGCUCUUGGAUGAUGCACAUGACCUCGUCGUUACUUUACACACCAAGAUUGAACAUUCCUUCUCGUAA